AUGUUGGAAUCAGAGAUCCCUGAACGCAGAUCUCAAAUCACCAUCUCCUUGAAGGUAUCUACGGACCUCAACCUGGCAAUGUUGUAUAACCAAUUAGAAAGGCUACAACGAAUAAUAGCAUGUUGCUUGCGAUUUAAGUACAAUUGCCGCGCGAAAAACGAAUCCAUGUGUGGACCCAUCACUGCGGGCGAGCUUCAAGGCGCGCUGAAUGUACUUCUAAAACAGGCUCAGAAGCGGUAUUUUCUGGAAGAAAUGAACCUGUUAGCUCGUGGUCAACAUAUCCGAACUAGCAGUAAGCUUAGGUCUCUGACCCCAUUCAUUGAUGCAGCUGGGAUCCUGCGAGUUGGUGGACGGUUACAACAUACGCAUGCGAGUUUUGAUGAACCCCACCCCAUUAUACUCAAUGCCGAUGAUCCACUCACAAGGCUGCUAGUCGAUUACGAGCAUCGACGAUUGAUGCACGCUGGACCCCAACACCUAUUGGCUUCACUCCAGCGGCGAUAUUGA